UUUUUAUCCACAGAUCCUUGAAAUUUUGCUUCCAAUCCUUUGUAAAUCCCCGUUCCCACUUCCAACCCAUAAACCCAACGAUCCCCAUCUUCUGUAUACUUAUAUAUUCCCCGAAUAGAAUCAAAGAUGCUCUUUUCCUCAACCUUUUUGGGUCAAAACGAACAAAAAUGGCGCAACUUGAACUGAGAACCCACCUGAUCCCAAUGCGUCGAACGCAGUUUAUUCAGGUACCCACCUCGGAAUUCUCAUCUGGGUAAGCAAAUUCAUCAUCUUUUUCCUAAUUUAUGAAACUGGGUAUAUUGGAUCUUGUAUAUAUAUUGGUUGAAAUCUGACCAUGAAUUCGCAAAGACAUGGCUUUUUCCCGGACGAAGUCGUCCUUCAAAUUCUUUCGAGGCUGCCGAUUAAGUCACUUUUCAGGAGCAAAACUGUGUGUAAACUUUGGUAUAGAUUGGUUUCUGAUAAGUAUUUCAUUCAGCUGUACAAUGAAUUGGCUGUGAAGAACUCUAUGUUAUUGGUUGAGGUCUCUGAGUCGUCUGGGUUGAAAUCGAGUUUGAUUUGUGUUGAUGAUCAGAAGGGUGUUUGUGAAUUUGACUUGGAUUUCUUGAAGGACAGGGUUAAGGUCAGGGCAUCGUGUAAUGGUUUGUUGUGUUGCUCUAGUAUACCUGAUAAGGGUGUUUACUAUGUGUGUAACCCUAUGACUCGGGAGUUUAAGCUGCUUCCGAGGAGUAGGGAGAGGAAUGUGACUCGGUUUUACCCUGAUGGUGAGGCCACUCUAGUCGGAUUGGCUUGCAAUUUGGCUUCUCAGAAGUUUAAUGUGGUUUUAGCUGGCUAUCACCGCACUUUUGGUCAUAGGCCGGAUGGGACUUUUAAGUGUAUGAUAUAUGAUUCUGAGACGAACAAAUGGAGGAAGUUUAUUACUUUCCAGGAUGAUCAGUUUAGCCAUAUGAAUAAGAACCAGGUUGUGUUUGUGAAUGGUGCGCUGCAUUGGUUGACGGGUGGUGCUUGUUCUUGUAUACUUGUGCUUGAUUUGGAGUAUGAUAUGUGGAGGAAGAUGUCAUUGCCUGAUGAAUUGAACUGUGGAAUGGGGAAUCGGUUUUACUUGUUGGAGUCGGAUGGAUGCUUGUCUGUGAUACAGAUUUCGGAUACUUGGAUGAAGUUUUGGGUGUUGAAAGACUAUGUGAGAGAGGAGUGGCGUUUGGUUGAUACUGUCAGUCUGAGAUGUAUUAAAGGACUUGUUCCAGGGAUUUUCCCCAUAUGUCAGACUGGUGAAUAUGUUCUGUUAGCAACACAUAAGCAGAUAUUGGUGUUUCAUCGCAAAAGUCGCGUGUGGAAAGAGAUGUACUCUGUGAAGAACAGCUCUACACUCCCAUUGUGGUACUCAGCUCAUGCAUUUCGGAGCACGAUUUCUUCUUGCCAUUAAGAGAUGAACUACUUCUAAUGAACUUCUGUACAUAAAUGUCCCAUGUUAUUGCUGGUUUGGUUAUGAACCUGACUUGUGCUGUAUAGAGUUUGACAUGGAUCUGUUACUUCAUUUUGUUUUUAUGAAUAUGAUGUUAAGCUUAUCCAUCUUGUAUUGUUAGUAUUGGAAUACCAUGAUUUGUGGUUGUUUGGAAAACUGAUUCAUGUAAGAGAUGCAUUACCUUCCUGGCUGCAGUUAUUCUAUACAGUCUGGCAAAUAUUGCCUCUUUAUA